GGGGCGGAGGAGGCUGAGUGGUGCAGUGAGGGACAAACAAAAGGAGGCGCCGGAGGGGCGCAGCGGCUGGCGGCGGGACAGAGCGGCAGGGGCUCGGGGCUGCCGGCUGGGCGGCCGCGCGCGGCGGGCCCAGGGAGGCAGCUUCCAUGGAGCAAAAGGAAUGCCAGGACCCUGCCCAGACAGACGUGGGCCAGCCUCAGCACCGACAGCCAACUCGCAGAUAGCAGAGCCUUCCGCAGGGUUGAACCAUGAUUCCGGUGACAGAGCUCCGCUACUUUGCGGACACGCAGCCAGCGUACCGGAUCCUGAAGCCGUGGUGGGACGUGUUCACCGACUACAUCUCCAUCGUCAUGCUGAUGAUCGCGGUUUUUGGUGGCACGCUGCAGGUCACCCAGGACAAGAUGAUCUGCCUGCCGUGUAAGUGGGUCACCAAGGACUCCUGCAACGACUCGUUCCGGGGCUGGGUGGCCCCCGGCCCAGAGCCCCGCUACCCCAACUCCACCAUCUUGCCGACGCCCGACACUGGCCCCACGGGCAUCAAGUAUGACCUGGACCGGCACCAGUACAACUAUGUGGACGCUGUGUGCUACGAGAACCGCCUGCACUGGUUCGCCAAGUACUUCCCCUACCUGGUGCUUCUGCACACACUCAUCUUCCUGGCCUGCAGCAACUUCUGGUUCAAGUUCCCUCGCACCAGCUCGAAGCUGGAGCAUUUUGUGUCCAUCCUGCUCAAGUGCUUCGACUCGCCCUGGACCACGCGAGCCCUGUCGGAGACGGUGGUGGAGGAGAGCGACCCCAAGCCGGCCUUCAGCAAGAUGAACGGCUCCAUGGACAAGAAGUCGUCGACGGUCAGCGAGGACGUGGAGGCCACCGUGCCCAUGCUGCAGCGAACCAAGUCUCGGAUCGAGCAGGGCAUUGUGGACCGCUCGGAGACGGGCGUGCUGGACAAGAAGGAGGGGGAGCAGGCCAAGGCGCUGUUCGAGAAGGUGAAGAAGUUCCGGACCCACGUGGAGGAGGGGGACAUCGUGUACCGUCUCUACAUGCGGCAGACCAUCAUCAAGGUGAUCAAAUUCAUCCUCAUCAUCUGCUACACUGUCUACUACGUGCACAACAUCAAGUUCGACGUGGACUGCACCGUGGACAUCGAGAGCCUGACGGGCUACCGUACGUACCGGUGCGCCCACCCGCUGGCCACGCUCUUCAAGAUCCUGGCCUCCUUCUACAUCAGCCUGGUCAUCUUCUAUGGCCUCAUCUGCAUGUACACGCUCUGGUGGAUGCUCCGGCGCUCCCUCAAGAAGUACUCGUUCGAGUCCAUCCGCGAGGAGAGCAGCUACAGCGACAUCCCCGACGUCAAGAACGACUUCGCCUUCAUGCUGCACCUCAUCGACCAGUACGACCCGCUCUACUCCAAGCGCUUUGCCGUCUUCCUGUCGGAGGUGAGUGAGAACAAGCUGCGGCAGCUGAACCUCAACAACGAGUGGACGCUGGACAAACUGCGGCAGCGGCUCACCAAGAACGCGCAGGACAAGCUGGAGCUGCACCUGUUCAUGCUCAGCGGCAUCCCCGACACCGUGUUCGACCUGGUGGAGCUGGAGGUGCUGAAGCUGGAGCUGAUCCCCGACGUGACCAUCCCGCCCAGCAUCGCGCAGCUCACGGGCCUCAAGGAGCUGUGGCUGUACCACACGGCCGCCAAGAUCGAGGCGCCCGCCCUGGCCUUCCUGCGCGAGAACCUGCGGGCGCUGCACAUCAAGUUCACGGACAUCAAGGAGAUCCCGCUGUGGAUCUACAGCCUGAAGACGCUGGAGGAGCUGCACCUGACAGGCAACCUGAGCGCGGAGAACAACCGCUACAUCGUCAUUGACGGGCUGCGCGAGCUCAAGCGGCUCAAGGUGCUGCGGCUCAAGAGCAACCUGAGCAAGCUGCCACAGGUGGUCACGGACGUGGGCGUGCACCUGCAGAAGCUGUCCAUCAACAACGAGGGCACCAAGCUCAUCGUGCUCAACAGCCUCAAGAAGAUGGCCAACCUGACGGAGCUGGAGCUGAUCCGCUGCGACCUGGAGCGGAUCCCCCACUCCAUCUUCAGCCUCCACAACCUGCAGGAGAUCGACCUCAAGGACAACAACCUCAAGACCAUCGAGGAGAUCAUCAGCUUCCAGCACCUGCACCGCCUCACCUGCCUUAAGCUAUGGUACAACCACAUCGCCUACAUUCCCAUCCAGAUCGGCAACCUCACCAACCUCGAGCGCCUCUACCUGAACCGCAACAAGAUCGAGAAGAUCCCCACGCAGCUCUUCUACUGCCGCAAGCUGCGCUACCUGGACCUCAGCCACAACAACCUGACCUUCCUUCCGGCUGACAUCGGCCUCCUGCAGAACCUGCAGAACCUGGCCGUCACGGCCAACCGGAUCGAGGCGCUGCCCCCGGAGCUCUUCCAGUGCCGGAAGCUGCGGGCCCUGCACCUGGGCAACAACGUCCUGCAGUCACUGCCCUCACGGGUGGGCGAGCUGACCAGCCUGACCCAGAUCGAGCUGCGGGGCAACCGGCUGGAGUGCCUGCCCGUGGAGCUGGGCGAGUGCCCGCUGCUCAAGCGCAGCGGCCUAGUGGUGGAGGAGGACCUGUUCAACACUCUGCCUCCCGAGGUGAAGGAGCGGCUCUGGAGGGCUGACAAAGAGCAGGCCUGAGCCACCACGGGCACUGAGCUCGGGCCGCCCAGAACAGCCAGCAGCGGGGCCUCCAGGGAGGCUUCAGGCCCAGGAGCCCAGGAGACUCUGACUGACGACCAGCCCAGCCUCUCAGUGGGGGCGGGGCAGGAGCUGGGCCACAGGACCGCCCCUGAGGGGCUGGCCCCUUUCUCCUCAAGACUCACGCCCCCGCGGGGCAGGCGCCUGAGGGGGAGAUCAGAGACCUGUAGUCCAUCUCUGAGCACAGUAUUUGGACAAUCAGGGCCUCCUCCCUGGAGGCCAUCUCUGCCCCAGAGGCUGAGCUGACACCAGAGGUCCAGGGACACCUACUUAGUUCUUGGUAUUUAUUUUCUCCGCCUCCCACCCCCUCCCUCC